GCGACUCGUGCUUCUCUUUUUUCCUGUCUGGCUGGAAAGAUGGCGUCCCGCAAGGAAGGCACCGGCUCUACCGCCACCUCGUCGGGUUCCACCACCGGCGCGGUAGGGAAAGGCAAAGGAAAGGGCGGCUCUGGAGAUUCGGCCGUGAAGCAAGUGCAGAUAGAUGGCUUGGUGGUAUUAAAGAUAAUCAAACAUUAUCAAGAAGAAGGACAAGGAACUGAGGUUGUCCAAGGAGUGCUUUUGGGCCUGGUUGUAGAAGACAGGCUUGAAAUUACCAAUUGCUUUCCAUUCCCCCAGCAUACAGAGGAUGAUGCUGACUUUGACGAAGUCCAAUAUCAGAUGGAAAUGAUGAGGAGCCUUCGCCAUGUAAACAUUGAUCAUCUCCACGUGGGCUGGUACCAGUCCACGUACUAUGGCUCCUUCGUCACUCGAGCACUUCUGGAUUCUCAGUUCAGUUACCAACAUGCUAUUGAAGAAUCUGUCGUUCUCAUUUACGAUCCCAUAAAAACUGCCCAAGGGUCUCUCUCGCUAAAGGCAUACAGAUUGACUCCCAAACUGAUGGAAGUUUGUAAAGAGAAGGAUUUUUCCCCUGAAGCACUGAAAAAGGCAAAUAUCACCUUUGAGCACAUGUUUGAAGAAGUGCCUAUUGUAAUUAAAAAUUCACAUCUGAUCAAUGUCCUAAUGUGGGAGCUUGAGAAGAAGUCAGCUGUAGCUGAUAAACAUGAAUUGCUCAGUCUUGCUAGCAG